AUGAAACCCCAGAGUAAAGAGGAUUCCCAGGUUAAGAAGAGUAAUAGGGAGGCGCAUCUCCAAAAGAUGUAUGGAAUAUUGCCAAGUCGAGGAGAUCUUCUUGGCCAUCAGCUGGAGAAUAGGACUUUUUUUGACUCUGGUGACUUUGCGCUUUUAAACGCUCAGAAGCCUUCCAGUAUGGGCAGUGUUAUGACUGGGAGCCAACAUCCGUGCCGGGAGGCUGUAUCCCACCCAUUCUGCCCGGUACCAAGCCCGAGCAAUGUUGAUAAGAGGGCUAACGAGGGACUACACAGGGAGGAGAAAGGAGGCGAUAUAAAAAACAAGAGCCAUCUAAAUAAAAUGGAAACUGACGAGACCUCUCGGUCUUAG